AUGGCUGAGAGAUUGCUGGUAAGAGCAUUGAAGGGUGGUGAAAGCACUAAGAUCAUUACUUUGAGUGGGAAGAAGAUAUCGAAGAUGCCCUCAACAUUAGGGAAACUGACUGGCCUGAAGACUUUAAACCUUCAAAACAACCAAAUCUCUAACAUGUGUCCAGAGAUAAUCUUCUUGACCCAGUUGUCAUUACUAAAUCUUGGAAAUAACCUUUUAAAAGAAGUUCCAGAAGAAAUGAAAUACCUUACUUCCCUGAAGUGGCUUCAUCUAUUUGGAAAUCAGAUUUGUAGCUUUGCAUCUGGAACAUGUGAUGGAUUACAAAACUUGAUUCUGCUUAAUCUGAAUAACAAUCAGCUUACAAGGCUUCCUGAAGAAAUUGGCAGGUUAAAAAGUCUUAUGUAUCUAAGUUUAAGUUACAACAAGCUAACCAUCAUUCCUAUAGAACUUUGCUCCCUUACGGAUCUUUCUGAACUUAACCUAAACUACAAUCAACUUGUGUGCCUACCUGAAGAGAUUAGAUUCUUGAAGAAACUUCGUCAGCUCUUUCUGGUCAGCAACAAUAUUGAAGUUUUGCCAGAGGGAAUUUGUGAUCUUAAACAACUAAGAAUCCUUGACAUAGCAGGAAAUGUUAUCCAGAUAUUUCCACAAGGAUUUCAGGAUCUGAAGUUGACCGAAUUCUACUGUGAGGGAAACCCACUCUUCCUGAAGCUGCCAGUUAUUGCUAAGCAACCCAAAGACAUUUGGACCCUACGGGAAAUAACAGCAAGAUUUAUCAUCAGUAAGCUAGAAGUAGAAGAUCCUUUCCUAGUGCAAGCCAUAGAAAGUUAUCCAGAGAUCAAGGACAAAAUCUCUCAGGCAAAGAGUUGUGCAAUAUGUGGAAAUCCUUUUCUAUCUGAAUGGCUGGAAUGUGUUCAGUUUGUUCCUCCAUCAAAGACCUGGAAGACAAGCAAAAAUCUAGACCUGGUGCCUCUUCGAGUAUUACUUUGUUCUCAUCAAUGUUUUGAUCAGCGUAGCCCUGACCUCUUUGGAAUUGUUAAUGAGUAA